AUGGAGCGUGGUCUUUAUGAUGCAUCAUGGCUGAAGCAGGUUUCGCUAAAGGUUGCUAUAUUUGUUUGGCGGUUUCAUCACGACGACAUUUAUUGCAUAGGUGGAUGUGCUUCCAUGGAGUCGAUAUGUCACCUUCUACUUCGAUGUGACAUCUUUGGCAAUGUUUGGAACAAGAUUUAUAGGUGGCUAGGUAUUUAUUUCAUCUCUCCAGACUCUGCCAGUGAUCAUCUUCAACAGCUUACUCAAAUGGCGGGGUUACCGCGAUUUACUCAUUCUUUUCUCAAGGUGAUCUGGCACGCUUGUGUUUGGAUCCUUUGGAAGGAAAGAAACUACAUGAUCUUCAAUGACAAAGCACAAGACUUGGAACAAAUUGUUGACAAUGUAAAGUUUGUGUCUUUCUUUUGGUUAAAGGCUAAUAGCCUUACUUCAGCUUUCAGUUAUAGUGAUUGGUGGCGGCAUCCUUUAAUUUGUAUGGAUGUUAUGGAGUAA